GUACGGUUAGCACGGUACAGAAUUUUGCUAUCAUUUUUCCUGCGGGUUUUUAAACCGGACUCGGUUUAUCACAUUGAUAAUAACAAUUGAAUUUGUGCCAUUCGUCUCACACACAUACUGUGUUUAAUCAGAGUAAAGAUACUGUGGUUUAAUGUACUAAAUUUCGACGUUAGAUAUUAAUAAAAUAAUAAAAAACAUAUAGGAGCGCAAAAAAACAGCAAAAUGCAAAAAUAGAGCACUAAUUAGGCGAAACCCGAAGCGAGUCGAGUAUUUUUUUCGACAACCCAUUAUAUCUUGAUCCGGCAUUCGAAUUUUUAGUCUCCCCCGAAGGCGAAUAAAUCUAAAUCAACGUAUACGUUGUUUUUGUUUGAUAACGUUAAAUAAAACUCAGAUCAUAUCCAUUUCCGAGUGCAAAUUAUAUCGUCUUCGUACGUUGACCUGGUGCGCCAACUUCAUUGUAAAAAUAAUGAAUAUUUUUUGCUUGAGUGUUGUGUUUCUAUGUCUCACAAGUGUGCUGCCAACUCAUGCUGAGCGAGAAUGCAGCAACGGAGCAAAAUGUUCGUCGUUCGAGGAGUGUGAGGCGCUGUACUGGACGUUCGCGAACGGACGCUCCUGGCGAAUGCAGUGGCUCGCGUUACAGCUUCAUUGUGGGUUCAAUGACCGCCAGCAACCGAUGAUAUGCUGUCCACCAGAGCUGGCCAGCUACAAACCGGAAAGUGAUCUAGCAGCGACUCUGUCUCUCCUGCCUCGCGCAGACGAGUGCGGGGUGCAGUAUGACAACAGGAUCGUGAACGGCCAGGCGACUGCAAUCGAUGACCACCCGUGGAUGGUGCUGCUGCGGAGUGCCCAGCUGCGAGGGAACGGUUUCUACUGCGGCGGCGCUCUCAUCUCGUCCCGCUACGUGCUGACGGCGGCACACUGCGUGCGCAUGUGGCGGGUGAGCAGUGUCCGUUUAGGCGAAUGGAAGAUAUCAAGCCCUACUGAUUGUGUCACCGAUGCUUCUGGAUUUAUUGACUGCAACAUUCCCCCUGUCGACGUUUCUGUGGAGGAGGUCAUUGUCCACGAGGGGUACAACGUCUCAAACGCCAAUCAGCCAAACGACAUCGCCUUGUUGAGGCUGGCCCACGAUGUGCUUUUUAAUGAUUUUGUGAAGCCGAUCUGCCUGCCCGUUGAUCCUUUACUUAAGGAAGACACGUUCGAGGGAUACGACCUGGUGGUAGCUGGAUGGGGGAAAACUGAAACCGGUCGAAUGUCGGAUGUAAAGAUGCAAGUGUUGGUGCCAGUUAUGAAAAAUUCAAUAUGCAGUCAGAUUUACACAAUGAGCUUUAAAGAAAUUAAUGAGAAUCAAAUUUGUGCUGGUGGGAGGAAUAACAAGGACUCGUGUGGGGGGGACUCGGGAGGUCCACUGAUGGGUCAGUUCGGGGGUCGCGGCUGGACGGUGUUGGGCGUGGUGUCUUUUGGACCCUCACCUUGUGGCAUGCUCGGCUGGCCAGGUGUCUACACCAGGGUGCCUGCGUAUGUCGACUGGAUACUAUCCAAGUUGCGACCUUAGGAUUGGCAAGAUAUUCCAUACUAAUUCCACAGAUUAAAGAAUAAUAGGCAGAUAGAGCGGACGGAAUACGGCAGGGAUGCAGCCAUGACAAAACAGACAAAUACAAAUUCAAAAAAAGAAUACAUUCUCGAGUCAGUGCGACACGAUGCGUCGCGUCAGUAAUUUUCAAUAUUAUUCAAAUGGCGUCUUAUUUUUAAAAGUUUUAAAAACUGUGCACAAAAACUAAAAAAAAUAAGAUGGAGUUCUUUAUAUUAUUAGUCUGUUAUGAUAUCAAUUUACGUAAUUGUUGUUAGUGUUAAAUCUUGUAAUACAAAUUAUGAAAAUAUAUUUCAAGUACGCUUUUACAUAUGUAUUUACAAUAUUAUUGUAUUUAGUUCUAUAUGUAUUAUAUAAUAUUUAAAUUACUAGUAACUAACCUAACCUAAACUUAUUAUAAAAAUAAAAUAAGUCUGAAGAUAUAAUUUUAUAUUUCCUUUUAUUUUAAUUAUGAAUAAGUUUGUAUAUAUGCAGAUGUCAAGUGUGACGUUUGUUUUUUUUUGUGGGUUUUUGUGGCUUUGUGCUGCUUGUAUAGAUUCAUUCUGUAUCAUUAUUUAUUCUGUGACUAAUUUUAAACACUAAAGGCGCUGUACAUUUCAUGACGUCAGAGAGUUGUCGUUAAAUGGAAAGAAGAAAAAUGUAAGCGUCAAAUUUAUAGUCAAUACACAAUGAUUUUCUUUGUUUGUAUGUUUGUGAGCAAAUAAGAGUAUGAUAAUGUAUUAAGUCAAUGACUUCUACUUAUUAAUCAUGGUCAACAACAGAUAUUUUAUAGAUAUAAUAAAGUUAAGGAGUAAAAUCUAUUGUUUGUUUUAUAAGCUUAAAUAAAAGUUUUGUACAACUAUGGAA